AUGUUACAUGUGUCCACGUUAAAGCGUAGACUUAAGACACUUAUCACCGAAUUCGAGAGAGCAAGGCACAUAUGGUUCGAACUUAAUGACAAUGGAUUUACCCUUGCCAAUUCUCUUAUUAAAUUAAGAUUACAAGAGCGAAAAGUAGAGUUUCCAACAUGCUUGCUUUCGGAAUUAGAUGCGGAAUUAGAUGAUUCUCUUGAUUCGAUGGAAAAACAUGGAGAAGAGAAUUCAAACGAAAACACCUUCAGCCUGUCACAAUCUUGGCAGCAAGUUCUAGAGAAAAUGGCUUCACAAUAUGCAAAAAUGAAGAUGCAAAUUUUGCAAAUAGAAUUUUUACUUGAAGAAGCCUGCGAAAGUCUGGGCGAUGAAUUUGUGUAUAAUACACCCGUUCCACCAUUUUACGUAAAUCGCGAACAAGCAAUAGUGUUGCUGUCAACCUGGCUAAACCAACCAUACAUCAAUGACGACAAGAUCAAAGAGUUUGAAAGCAUCUGUGAACUUGAACUCGAAUUUGAAGAAAAACAAUGA